AUGGGAACGGCACCCUGCGAUUCCGGCGACGGAGAAAAUUCCGGCGUCUGUUACCCGGCGUGGCAAGACAUGUUCAGAUCGGCCUCCGCCAGAAGACCCGACGCCGACGCCCCCAAAUCACCUGAUCGGAAUCUUAAACAAUCGCCGGCGCCGGCGGCGUCAAACAACACGUUCUUCGGCGACCCUCAGGCGAGGCUGGCUCUGUACAUAGCCAUGGCGCACGCCGGCCUCGCAUUCGGAAUCGCUGUCCUCUACGGAAUCUGCAAACUCCUGGAGGAUUUCCGGCGGCCGAUAUUGUGGGCGAUGCUGUGCUCCAUACCUCUCCGGGGGAUUCAGGAGACUCUUGUCGGAUUCUGGGCGGAGCCGCUGCAAUCCGGCAUCGCCGAGACGAUCCUCGCCGUGCCUAUGGCGGUGGUCAGAGUAUUCAUGGGAACGAUCGCCGAGAUUAAAUACUUAGUUCUGAGAAUCGCCCUGAGGAGGAAGAAAAGGGCGGCGCGGCCGCCAUUGCGGCGGCGGCGGAGCGGCUUCUGCAAAUUGCUCCGGUGGCUUCUGUCGUUCUGGCUGUUCGUAAUGGCUUACGAACAGAUCGGCGCCGUCGGGUCGAUCUCAAUUCUGGUAUUAGGAUUUGUGUUCAAGACCGCCGACGUCGAGUCCACCAUGAGCAGAGUCACCAGCUUCAAGCGGCUUCCGGCGACGGCGAAUUUCACCAGAGCAAUUCUCGACCGGCUGAAGACCGUCGUUGCGCUCGGGCUGAUCGUGGGGAUGUUCGUGGGAUCAGUGACGGGGACGAUCUUCUUCUCGUACAAGAUCGGGAUGGAAGGCAAGAACGCAGUGUUUGCUUUAAAAUCCCAUGUUCAGGAGAGCAAUUACGCAGAGAGAUUGGGGAUCAAGCAAUGGAUGGAGGAGAACGACGUCGCCGGAAUGGUGGACACGUAUUCGACAAAGCUGUACGAAGCCGUUUCCGAUCAGAUCGACAGCCUGGCGACGCAGUACAACGCGACGGAAUUAGUCAACGGAAUCAAGCAGUCGGUGCUGUCGCCGGCGGGGAACGUUUCGUCGGAGCGGCGGGGGGCGAUGAGCCCGUCGCCGACGGCGGAGAGGCUGAUGAGCUUGAAGAGGAGGGUGAGGGACGGCGAAUGGCGGCAGAUAUACUCAGAGGUGGAUUCGAUCGUGAGGGAAUUGGUGAUCAGCCGGGAGGAUUUGGUGGUGGCGGCGAAGGAGUACGCGUCACAGGGGAUCAACGUCAUGCACCGGGUGUUCGACAGCAGCAAGUCGGUGGUGGGCGGCGGCGCCAGGGUGGUGGCGCUGGUGGGGAGCUCCAUACUCUCCGGCGCGGCGGAGAUCUUCAACUUCGUGUCGCAGACGAUGGUUUUCUUCUGGGUCCUCUACUACCUGAUAACCUCCGAGUCCGGCGGGGUGGUCGAGCAGGUCAUGCAGAUGUUUCCGAUCUCCAACUCCGCCAGGAGCCGCAGCGUGGAGGUUCUCGACAGGGCCAUUUCCGGCGUGCUCCUGGCGACGGUGGAGAUCGCUUUUUUCCAGGGGUGUAUGACGUGGCUCCUUUUCCGGCUACUUUCCGUCCACUUCCUUUACGUCUGCAGCGCCCUCGCCUUCUUCGGCUCCCUGCAGCCACUUUUUCCGGCGUGGCUGUCGACGAUCCUGGCGGCGGUGCAGCUGGUGGUGGAGGGGAGGUACGUGCUCGCCGUGGCCCUGGCGGCGGUCCAUCUGAUACUGAUGGAUUACGCCAACACCGAAAUCCAGGAGGACAUUCCCGGCUACAGUGCAUAUCUCACCGCCCUCAGCAUCCUCGGCGGAAUGACGCUAUUCCCCUCCGCCCUCGAGGGAGCGAUAAUGGGACCAGUGAUAACGACAGUGGUGACUGCGCUCAAGGGUCUGUACGUGGAGUUCGUCUUGGAAAGUGGCUCCAAGGACCACCAAACCUGUACAAAUUAAUCUAUGUACAAACUAACUGUUUGAUUGAUUACCAAAUUGGGCAUGUACAGACAGAUGGAUGUGGAUGUAAAAUUGGGGAUUUAUGAGAAACCAGUAAUUAAUUAGCAUAAAAAAUCAAAUACCGCCAAUUCACUUCAUCGUCGUCAUCAUCAUCAUCAUCUUCUUCGUUGAUAUGAACCAGUGGCUGUAAUUAGUUCCAUCGGAAAAACAAUCUAAGCCACCUGAUCUGAUCUAAUCUAUUGGUUUUCGUCUCCCCCAAUAAUUUGAAUCUAAUGGAAUCUGCUGCUGCGUUUCAGAUCCGUUUCCUGCAGUCGCCUCUUCUUCUCGCCAGGUGAGCUGCCAUUGAUUCUUAUCCUGAACUGAAAUGAAGUUUUGUAAGUGGAGGCUAAUUUCUCAAUACAAGUAUUUCAAAAUUUGAUGAAUGUUGAGUAAUGCCAAAAUCAUGUGCAAGCCAAACUAGUCUUGUUUUUGGAAGCUGAGCAUAAAGUACCAAAUCCGGAUCAUGUUUUGAAGGCUGCCAUUAACAGGAAACAUGAGAAACUGAGUAAGGUUUCUGCAAUAAAAGGCUUGGAAGAUGAACAUCCAAACAAGGUCCUAAGAAGGGAGGUUUUUGGGCUCAUGGGAUUCAGUAUAAUCCUUACAAAUGUCUGCCCUGUUCUUGCCGCCUCGAUGAUGCCGGAAAUGAAAGAUCCGGAUGUGCUGAGCUUCCAGGACAUUCAAGCUUCCGAGUGGUGUACGAAUACAAGACAUUGUCGAUGGACAAGGGCAGGAGGCGCACGAAGGAGACACUGUAAGGUUUAACUAUGUAUGCAGGCGAUCGAACGGAUACUUUGUUCAUAGCACUAUCAAUCAGUUUAGCGGAGAGAGUUCACCUGUCACACUUCCUCUGGAUGAUCAACAGGUUCGUUUCGAGGUGAACUUUCAUUCAAUGUUCUUCCUAAAUCGCACCAGGAAUAAAACUGGCCUUAGAUGCAACCCUCAAGCUGAUUCUGUAAACAAUCCAUCCAGAGAAUUAUCUUACCAAAGGGAAAAUAAUUCAUGUAAUGUAUUAAAACUUACACUGCCACUUUUCCGAUGAUACCAUAGAUGAUCAAAGGUCUAAAGGAGGUUUUGAUCGGCAUGAAGGUUGGAGGUGGGCACAGAAACACUUUCGUGGAACCACCAUAAUUAUUUACAGUUACACUAAAGAAUGCAGCAUACUUUGAUGAAGAAUAUUCAUACCUAAACUCUGGUUGAAUGCUCCAGGAAAGCGAAGAGCGUUGAUACCCCCUUCUGUAGGAUAUACAAGCGAA